ACGUGCUCCCGGCGCUGGCGCGGGAGAGGAGCGAGCGCCAUCGUCGCGGGCCCCGCGCUCUCCGCCGCCGCCGCCGCCUCCAUCGUCGCCGCUAGCGCUCCCGUCGCCGCCGAGGCCGCUCCCCGAGCGCAGGAAAGCCCGCGGGGAGCCGCUAGCCCGGGGCGCCCGGCUCAGGGUGCGCAGCUGGUUUUGAAGAUCAUGAUCACGUGGAUUCAUCUAACUAAACGGUACCUGGGGACAUGGUGGUCCUUUAGAGAGCACAUCUAAAUUACUGGCUAAUUUCUUGGUUUGCCACUCAGCGUAGGACAUUGUUUGAUUCUCUCUAUCAGAACUCUCCUACGUUUUCCCCACCAUGCUGUCUUUAUUAGCUUGAACUCCUUUCCUAAAAUGGUCCUUCUGUUGAUCUUGUCAGUGCUGCUUUUGAAAGAAGAUGUCCGUGGGAGUGCACAGUCUAGCGAGAGGAGGGUGGUGGCUCACAUGCCGGGUGACAUCAUUAUUGGAGCUCUGUUUUCUGUCCACCACCAGCCCACCGUGGACAAAGUUCAUGAGAGGAAGUGUGGGGCAGUCCGAGAACAGUAUGGCAUUCAGAGAGUGGAAGCCAUGCUGCACACCCUGGAAAGGAUCAACGCAGACCCCACACUCCUGCCCAACAUCACACUGGGCUGUGAGAUAAGGGAUUCCUGCUGGCACUCGGCUGUGGCCCUAGAACAGAGCAUUGAGUUCAUCAGGGACUCCCUCAUUUCUUCGGAAGAAGAAGAAGGUUUGGUGCGCUGUGUGGAUGGCUCUUCCUCCUUCCGCUCCAAGAAGCCCAUAGUAGGGGUCAUUGGGCCCGGCUCCAGUUCUGUGGCCAUUCAGGUCCAGAACUUGCUCCAGCUUUUCAACAUACCUCAGAUUGCUUACUCGGCAACAAGCAUGGAUCUGAGUGACAAGACUCUGUUCAAGUACUUCAUGAGGGUCGUGCCUUCAGAUGCCCAGCAGGCUCGGGCCAUGGUGGACAUAGUGAAGAGGUACAACUGGACCUAUGUGUCAGCUGUGCACACAGAAG